AUGGCUCUGCCGGGCGCUCCCGCCCCCGGGCCCCCCGGCGGCCCCGCGCCGCCCCCCACCGUGCUCAUGUCCGUGCGCGUCUGGGCGGCGCGGCCGCUCGGCCUCCUGCCGCCGCCCGCCGGGGCCUCGGCCGCCGGGGACGCGCUGCUCCGCCUGCAGCUCAGCGUGCGGCCCGGGCCCGCCGGGGGGCGGCUCUUCCGCCUCGCCCUGCGCCACACGGACGCCCGCCGGAGCGUGAGCAUUGCAGAGUAUAACCUCAAAGACAUCUCGUACACAGUGAAGAACGCCUCAUGCCACGAGCUGAUGGUCCUUAGCAGCUCAGAUGACCCCAUGGUGUUUCACUUUGAAGAUGAGCGGGAGGCACAGAAGUGGUGGACGGUUGUCAGCAGCUCCCUGCGGGAGGUGCAGAAAGCUGCCGAGAGUCCCAGUGUGCUGGUGUCACAGCUCACUCCCCUGCCCUCUGCCAGCGGGAAUGCACUGCCCGUGCUGCCAUCAGACGCGUCUCCCUCCUUGGAGCUCUCAAAUAAAGAGGAGUUAGCGCUCCGCCUCGCUAGAGCCGUUGAGCUCGGGGAUGAACAGGCGGCCUCGCAGUGUGCCAUGGCGCUGGCUCGGCAGCAGGCCUCCUUGCACGUUCUACUGAAGGAAUCCAGCUACCCCGCCAACGAGAUCAGAAUGAAGGUUGGAGUGGAAGAUGCGAUGUGCUCGGCCAACAUCACCAUCAGAGUCCAUGCUCGCAUGACCAUUGGGACGCUGAGGCAGCAGGUUUUCCAGGAUUACGGGUUCCACCCCAGCGUGCAGCGGUGGAUCAUCGGCCAGUGCCUGUGCGUGGAUGAUCGGACGAUAGGCUCGUAUGGCAUUCGGAAGGAUGGAGACACAGCCUUCCUGUAUCUGCUGUCAGCCAAGAAGGCCAACCUGUCCGAGCAGCGCUGCGAGGAGGACCAAGCACUGGUCAUGCUGCCCCUGGCCCCCUCGCUCCCAGACAGCUCUGGCACCGAUGAGAAACGCAAAUACAGCACCUUGCCAAACGUGGCUCCAAAGAAAGCAUGGGUCGCUGACAACAGCGAGAAGAUGAAUAUCGGAGAAAUCAGCCGCCAGCUGGGUAUGCUGCAGCUCACCAACCCCUUAUCCAGCCAGUCCAAAGCACCCCCAGCCGCCGCUCCUCCACCAUCCCCUGUGCAGACAGGCUGGUCAUGUGCAAAAUGUACCUUCAUCAACAAGGCCACGCGGCCAGGCUGCGAGAUGUGCAGCACGGACCGGCCGGCGGAAUACAUGGUGCCGGGCAGCUACCAACCGGAUGAGACGGAGCUCUGGAGGAUGCAGCAGGAGGAAAAGGGGAUCUUGCAGUACCAGCAGGCCCUGGAGGACGAACGUCUGCAGAAUUUCCAGCAGCUGCUGCAGCUGGAGGAGAAGGGGCUGGUGCCCAACCAGGAGGCCAUGGAGUGCCGGAUCUGCUACAUGCCCAUGGCGCCGGGGGACGGGGUGCUGCUCCGGGAGUGUCUGCACAACUUCUGCAGAGACUGCCUGCGGCAGGUGAUCAGCUACAGCCAGGAACCCCAGGUGUCCUGCCCCUUCCGCGACAACACCUACGCCUGCAGCAGCAAGGUCCAGGAACGGGAGGUCCGGGCGCUGGUGUCAGCAGAGGAAUACAAGCGGUUCCUGGAGCGGGGCCUGGUGGCGGCGGAGAGACGCACCCAGAACAGCUAUCACUGCAAAACCCCGGACUGCAAGGGCUGGUGCAUCUACGAGGACAUGGUCAAUGAGUUCCGCUGCCCCAUCUGCUGGGGCCUGAACUGCCUGCUCUGCAAGGCCAUCCACGAGGGGCAGGACUGCCGCCAGUACCAGGACACCCUGCAGCUCCAGGCCCAGAACGACGCUGCCACCCGGCAGACCAGCGACAUGCUGCAGACACUGGUGCAGAUGGGCGAGGCCAUGCACUGCCCCGUAUGCCGGAUCAUCGUGCAGAAGAAGGACGGCUGCGACUGGAUCCGCUGCACCAUCUGCCAGACGGAGAUCUGCUGGGUGACCAAAGGGCCACGCUGGGGGCCUGCGGGCCCUGGUGACACCAGUGGAGGAUGUCGCUGUAACGUCAAUGGGCAGAGGUGCCACCCGCACUGCCAGAACUGCCACUGAGGGUGCUCCCUGCCCCCAGCACAAGUCAGGCAGGGGCCUUGCUCCUGGGGGAGCUUCCAGCCCUGGCCAGCUGUGUGCAGUGCCUCGUGGGGGCUCCCCCCUCCCCCCCAAGUCUGGCCCAGGGCCUUCUUCCUGCUGGGCCAUAGGCUGGGCCUGUGUUUGGCAUCGGGCGCCAUUGGGGCUGCUGGUGCAGAGAGCUCCUCACCCCCCUGAAAUGUAACCGGGGCCUCGCCCUCACUUGCCCUGUACCCCAUCCUGUGGCUGUUGAGUGCCUGCCCCAACACAGGGUGCUCCCCGUAACUAGCGGGGGGGAGGGCUGUUAUAGAGGACAGCUGUUCCCACCUGCCUUGGGGCCCAGGAGAGCUGAACACUUGUCCCUUACUGUCAUGUACAGGGGCCGAGACGCCUCAGCCUGCCCCCGUGCCCAGCACAGCACAGGCAGCUGCUCCUCAGGCUGAGCUGCUGCGGGCAGCCUGGCACUGCCCAGCUCACGGCCAGACUCCUGAAGGCUUUACCUGCUGAGGGCGGGCAUGGGCUGCCGGAGCUGGUGCCAGGCCUGCUCUCACACAGGAAGCAGCCCCCGGGCUCUGCACAGUGCAGGGGGGAGAAAAGGCAGUUUCUACCAAAAGGCCCCAGCUGGGCCCUCUGUGCCUUUGGGCAGCUCCAGCUGUGAAUGGUGCCACCCCCAGCCACCAGGGCAGGGCAGAGACCAGGAAUCCAGCAGCUGGCUGGACAGUGCUGCCCCCAGGCCAGUUAGCCCCCCUCCACCGCAACACACCCGUUGGAGGCACCGGGGCAGCAGCUGGCCCCUGCUGCCCAUGCCAUAGGGCACUGCAGAGCCUGCCAUGCUAGAGGCAGUGGCUAAGAGCUGGGGCAACUGACCUGCCCUACCCCCACUGCAAGGGGAGGGGGCACUGAGGACCCCAGCCAGGCCUUUGGGCAGUGCCCCUCCCUGAAGCAUGCUGGGAAGAGGAAGGGGGCUGCUCUCCAUGAAGUCUGAGGGAGGGAGUGGGGCACCUCCCCACUGCCAUGUGGGAGGUCAGGGAGCAGCCUCUACUGGCCACCUCCCUCAAUAGGGUGAGUGCUGGGUCCCUUGCUGGCCCCCCCACAACUCAGACCGACACAGCUGGGGGAACAGAACCGUUUAAUAAAUGCCACCAUUACACACAGGCCUUCCCCUCUGGCUGUAUUGGGUUCCCCCCGGGCAGGGGAAGGGGAGGGCUCCGUGGGCAGGGCCUAGACUGACACACCACACCACACUUUCCCGCUGAAGACUGAAGGUUUAUUUCUGCCCCUCAGCAUGCGCAUACAGACAGCAGCUGCCCCCCCUUCCCAGAGUCCGUUCCCAGGCCUAGCAGGCGAGCGGCUGUGUCCAAGGGAGAGGACAUUAAAUAGGAGUAACGCGU